GCAGCUAAUUAGGAGAUCAAAGCAGCAUCGCAAUUAUAUGGCAGCCCGCUUUGCAUGGGACCCGACGACAUCAUAAGGAGCCCCCACGCCAAAGCCCCGCUGCGGGCAUGGCCGGCAGCACCGCCAAGCCAGCUGCUGGACAUCAAAACCAACGUACAGCAUAUUCCUACCUAGCUACCCCCCUCAUAGGAGCGCCGGUCCGCUGGAGGGGCGGCGGUCUGUACGCAGGCGCAAGCCAGGCCCGCUCUCCUUGGGCAAGAGAGAAAGGACGCCCACUCUUCGCUGUUCAUUGCAACGGACGAGGUCCAGCGCUUAAAGGGCGCCAUGCCUGGGCACCAGAGGCAGCGCCUCCUCGUGAUCUUUAUCGCGGCGGCGGUCGACGCGCAGUGCCCCAACAACUGCAAUCUCAAGGGCAAAUGCGACCCCUUCGGCCGCUGCACCUGUUUUUCGGGCUGGACGGGCGCCGACUGCGGCUACCGGAAGUGCCCGACGCACUACGCGUGGGCCGACGUCGCGUCGAGCGACGAGGUCGCGCAUGCGCGGGCCGAGUGCUCGAAUCGCGGCCUCUGCGACGAGGGGACGGGCGAGUGCGAGUGCGCCGAGGGCUUCACGGGCAAGGCGUGCCAGCACCUGGCCUGCGACCGCGAAUGCGGCUUCAAGGGCAAGUGCGUGUCGAUGCGGAACUUCGCGUCGUCGCAGUACAACGAGGACUCGCAGCAGUUCGUCUACGAGACGCCCUGGGACGCGGACAAGAUGUACGGCUGCGUCUGCGACUCGCCCUACGACGCCGUGUUCAACUGCGCGUUCCGACGCUGUCCUUCCGGCGACGACCCCAUGACGCCGGACCAGAAGAACGAGGUCCAGUACUUCAAGUGCAUGGCGACGGGCGGGACGUUCGUUCUGUUGAUGGCGGGCCACGCCUCCGGAGACAUCCGGACGGGCAUGAAGGAGCACCAGCUCAAGGCCGCGCUCGAGCAGUCCGCCGCGAUCACCGAGGUCGACGUCACCUACUCGAUCGACAACGGGACGGCGUGCACCACGGACUCGGUCAACGUCGUGCGCAUCGAAUUCACGCAGGACUUCGGGAGCCUGCCUCCGUUGGUGCCGCUGGACGACGACCUCGCGGGCACGAUCCAGGUCUCGGCCGACGGCCAGACGGUGUUUACGGACAGCUUGGGCGCCGACUUCGUCUCGAAGAAGGGCACGAAGGAGGACGAGGAGUGCUCGAACCGGGGCAUCUGCAACCCGUUCGACGCGACGUGCCUGUGCCUGGACACGAACGGCGACACGUUCAAGAGCUCGGACGGCUACGGCAACGAGGGAAACCGCGGCGACUGCGGCUUCGCGGCCACGGCGAUCGACGAAUGCCCGGGGAUGACCGCGUGCUCCGGGGCGGGCAUUUGUGACCUGAGUACCUAUCGAUGCUCUUGCGCGAAAGGCUUCACGGGCGCCGACUGUUCCUUGCGGACGUGUCCGAAGGGUCUCGCGUGGUUCAGUUAUCCGUCUGAAGCUGUGUGGAAAUCAACCAGCGGGUUAGGUCAUUCGAGCCUCCUCGCCAUCGAGCCGACGCGUCGAUGGCCUGGACACCCCACGCCAUCGAGCAGACGCAGCUACAGAGACAACAUCGCGUCGAUGGCGUGGCCACCUCACGCCAUCGAGCAGACGCAGCUACGGAGACAACAUCGCGUCGAUGGCGUCGGGCGCCCGAAUUUUGAUUUCCACGUAGGUCCGAAGACAACGUCGGCCACGACGUCCUCGAGGUAUGCAGUGGCGCGGGCACGUGCGACACGACGAAGGGCGAGUGCGCCUGCGCGGUACCCUUCACGGGCAACGCGUGCGAAUUUAUUCAGUGCCCCGGCGGGCUGACGAACGAGUGCAACAAGCACGGGCGGUGCGCGACGAUGCGCGAGAUGGCGCUACUUGCCACUUCGAACGGCGACUCGGACCCCCGCCUGUACGGUUCUGACCCCAACAACGGCAACACGUGGGAUGCGGAUAGAAUAUACGGCUGCAUCUGCGACGAGGGCUGGACUGGUUACGAUUGUAGCGAGCGGGAAUGUACGUACGGCGACGACCCCAAUACCUACGGCCAGGUUAACGAGGUACAGCUCUUCGAGUGCGCCGGGACAGCUGGCACGCUUACGCUUAGCUUUAGACAGAAGACGACUUUGCCGAUCGCGUACAACGCCUCGAGGCAAGAAUUAGAGGAAGCCCUCGAGUGGCUGACGAAUAUCGGCGACGUCAUAGUUCUCUUCUCGUCGGGCAACUCCACGUGCACCGACAUAGGCCUCUCCGUGAACGCGGUGACGGUCGCCUUCGUCACGGAACACGGUGAUCUCCCAGACCUCAGCGCGGACACGAGCCAAUUGUUCGACUCGAACUUCGGCGACGAAAUCGGCGGCGGCUCAGUGGUAUUCUUCGUUGACGGCGCCGCGGCCGCGUCGGACGCCUCCCUGGUCUCGGUGACGGGCACAACAGAGUCGCUCGAAUGUUCGGGCCGCGGAUUGUGCGAUCGAUCGACCGGGCAGUGCGAGUGCUUUCCCGGCUACGCGAGCAGCGACGGCGUCGGCGGGCCCGGCAAGCAGGACGACUGCGGCUACCGGAAAGCACUCUGUACCGACGCAUGGUGCGGAGCGACAGGGUAAAUUUUGUUUCAAAAUA